AUGUCCGUUCAGAUUGGAGAACGUGAAGUCUUCGGACAUCUCCAAGAUAUCGAAGCAACUUGGAAAAAGAUAUACAAUGACUCUCGCAUAAGCGAUGUGGUCAACAAGAUCAGAAACUUUGUAUCGGAUGGGCCCUUCUUAGCAGUUGUAGUAGGCUCUGGGGCAGAGUCUAAGCCUGUUGUAUUUGCCGUCCUGCCGCUUGUCGGACAAACCCAGGCUGGCCGUGUCCUGCAAGCAAUCGAAGAAACAACUUCCGGUAGACCUACCUCUAUUGCCACCGUGCUUACUGUCUUGCAAUCCCUUGGUGCCACGUCCAUUCCUGGCAUGGUUGUUGGCACAGCUGUUUCAGGAGCCAUAAAUACAGCCAAACUCCUGAACAAACACAAACAAGGCGAGACCCCAGAUGCAGCCAUCCCCGAGACAGAGUCCCUGGCUACCGCGUGUAACGCAUCCGAAACGACACGGUUGGUCAAUGAAACUGAUAGAGGGGGCAUUCAAGAUGAGCGCAUUAAUCCUGGUUCACGGGGAUAUUCGGAUAGUUACAAGUCUCCUUCUGAUGAGGUCGGCCCAAUUAUACGCAGGACCGUAUCAAAGGACAAAACACCUCAAGAGGAACCUCAGACCAUCUUAUCUGGUAUAGAGUCAUUAGCCCAUAGAGAAGCCGAAAAACUUCGAUGCUGGUACAAGGUUGUUGUCAAUAAUUUUCGGAACACUCAGAGUCCCUUCAAAGCAAAGCUAUAG